AGAGAGGGUGCAGCUGAGAGCACUUUGAGAUUGCAGUCUCAUGGGAGAGGCAGCAGGGCUCUCAUUGGCCAGGCACCAAGGGGGUAAGGUCAUAAAAGGGCAGGAGCCAGCAGACAAAGGACUGGAAGUUGGUAGCAGUGUGGGUGUAGCCGGUGACCUUUUAAUGUGUUUUUAAACAGGAUUUCUCUCCUGAGUGCUACUUCUCCCUAGUCCUGAUCUGGAACAGUUGUUACUCCUGCUUAUUUGACCUGUCGUCAUGGAACAGAUGCUGCAGUGCCCCUAUGACAAAAACCACAAAAUCCGUGCAAGCCGCAUGCAGUACCAUCUGGCCAAAUGCAGAGAGAACAAUCCGGACACAGCAAGGGGAAAGCUGCCUUGUCCUUUUAACGCAUGCCACGUGACCUACAGAGCAGAAAUGGGAAGACACAUGGGCGAGUGUCCGGACAGGAGCAGAGAUUUGGGACACAACGAGUCCUUCCUUACCAGCGAGGAGAAUAAAGCGCUCAGCUCCUGGCAGGCCCCCCCUCCAAAAGAGAACUGGGAACCAGAUGAGGCUGAAGAAUCUACAGCAGCUCCUUUUGUUUUUGGUGCCUGGGCCCCCAAGGCUUUGACCUGCCAGAGUGAUGAAAACUCAGAAAAAAAAGAGGACCCCCAGAAGGGCCGUCGAAACCGGCGCAAGAAAGCCAAGCAGGAGAAGAACUUGUGACUGCCCAACCAGCGAUUGGUUCUUCUGAGGAUAUGGCCAGAAACUACCAACUGAGAACAAGCCAGAAGAGAAAGAAACGUUUUAAACUCUCAAUUCUUUUCUUUCUUUUUUUUUCCUUUCUUUCCCUCCCCCUCCCCCAACCACCCGAACAACAAGCCUUUUAUUAAAACUACUUCUGAAGGAAUUUUUUGUAGCCUCCCAGUGGUUACAUUUUAGGUAUUGUUAACCAUUUUAAUUCUUGCCGCUCUUGGUAUUUUAUGGUUUUUUAAUUAAUAAUUGUGAUUCAAAUAAUAAAGCUUGUU